GCAGCAGCAGCCUGAGACACGUUUCCCUCUCACGAGCGUCAACAAAGCAGAAGAGGAGGAUGGGAAAGCUGAGCCGCUAAGCAAGAGGAGGAAGUGAGCCAGCCAUAUAGAAAGCAAGAGGGGCAGAAGCUGACGUUAGGAGGGAGAGAGACACGAAGACACAUCGACAGCUUCUUUUGGGGAGUCUCCUUUUAGAAGUAGAAAGGAAGACUGUGGAAGAUCACUAAUUUCAACCUGAUUGACAGCAGUGACAAUCGAAACAAUCUACAGGAAGAGGAAGUUUACGAUAAAAUCUCGGAGGUGGCAGCAGGUUUAAAACUCAACGAGGUGCAGGGAUGUCAUGGCUGUCUCCGGUCCAGUGGGCCAAAUGGACAUGGUCAGCAGUGACUGGGGCUGCAGGAGACGAGGGGCAGCCCGGAUCCAGGGAUGACGGAGGGGACAAUUCAGACUCGGAGGGGACCUUUGAGACUCCAGAGGCAGAGUCUCCAGGUGUUGUGAAGCUGCUGAGCCAACUGGACAACUCCAACCACACAGUUCUUCCUGAUGUUACAAACCAAUUUCUGGACAACAACUCCAACCAGGACGUCGGCCCAGUUUCAUCCCAAGAGGUUGAUUCCCUGAACAACCUCACCAGCUCCUCCCCUAAUGACCGCAGCUUUGGUUUGGACCAGAACCUUAACCUGACCCUCAGUAACAAACCCAGUCCUGGAGAGGGCCUCUCCUCAUCCAGCCCUCUGCCCCAGUCUCUAGCCCUCCGGCCCCCAACGCUGUCCGUCCUCUCCCUGCUGAACAAACCCGAUCCUUCUGAGGUGGACGACCAGGCUCCGGUGACGUCUGACUCGAGCCCAGACUCAAACUUGAUCCCCAGUCCUGACAUUUGUGUGGAUCCUGACUUGCUUAAUGGCAACAUAAACUGCGACAAGCAAAACGCAAAACUGACCUGUGAGACCAACGGCACAAUUAUCACGAACUCCUGCAAAGUGAAGCAGAACCAGCCCAUGCAAAACGACUUCAACGGACAGGAUGACCAUCAUGGGGACCAUGCCACAGACGAGGAGAAGUUGGCAAGCAGUGUGGGUGUCAAACCAGACAAGGACCAAAGUGACUGCCAUGUGACAUCAAAACCUGAAGACUCAGACUGCUGCUCAGUGCAGUUUGAGGAUCCAUGCAAGCUGAAGAACAAUUUGAAGGGAGGUGAAAUGCAGAAAACAGGAAGUCAGGUCCUCGAUUCCAUCUGCAUCAGUGAGGCUGAAAAACAGGCCGUCCUCACCCUCAUCAGAGAGGAGAUCAUCACUAAAGAAGUGGAAGCCAGCGACUGGAAGAAAAAGUACGAAGACACCAAGCAAGAAGUCAGUGAGAUGAGGAAGAUUGUUGCAGAAUAUGAGAAGACAAUUGCUCAGAUGAUUGAGGACGAGCAGCGCAACAAACAGAGUUCCCAGAAAGCUUUGCACGUUGCAAAUACGGAAAAGGAAGCCGCCCUGACGGACCUGAACUCCGUGGAGCGCUCGCUCUCUGACGUGUUUCGGCGUUAUGAAACUAUGAAGAACACCCUGGAGGGCUUUAAGAAGAAUGAGGAGGUGCUGAAGAAGUGUGCUCAGGAGUAUCUGGCCAGGGUCAAGCAGGAGGAGCAGAGAUACCAGACACUAAAACUCCAUGCUGAGGAGAAACUAGACAAGGCCAAUGAGGAGAUCGCUCAGGUGCGUACAAAGGCGAGCUCAGAGAGCACGGCGUUGAAUGCCAGUUUGAGGAAGGAGCAGAUGAAGAACGAGUCUCUGGAACAAGCUCUGCUGCAGAAGAAUCAGGAGAUCGAGGAACUCACCAAGAUCUGUGAUGAGCUAAUUGCCAAAAUGGGAAAAAUCGACUGAGAGCGCUCCGUGUGAGUCAGCCACUGCCGUCCCUGCGGUCCCGCCUGACAGCGACGCCCUGUGCAUGCCCCCAGCCAAGAAGCAGCUCUCAUACCCUCUGCCAGCCCUGCUUCACAGAGACUGCUAAUGUACAGACAUGUGUAAAGUUACUUCCUGUGUACUACAAUUGCACUACUUGUGACCUGAAUCAAAAAGGUUCUGUACAUGCUAAUAAUUGUUCCAGUUGGGACUGUGUUGUAUGUAUGUGGUCACGUUGUUUUGUUAGCAUUUUUGUCCAUUACGAGGCCAUCUGGACGUCUUCUGUUUGCGCCCAUAAUGCCAUCAACACCGCUUGUGACUCAACUUAAAUUCCCAGCAGCUUAACAGCUAAAUUCCCAGCAACUCCUCCGACAGGAUGACAUCAUGCAGGCGGGGGUUGUUUUAGAGUCACAUUUAGGCGUACGGUUUAUUCUGAUGGACUUUGACAAGGAUUGUUUUAAAGCAACAACCCAUGAUUUUUUUUUUUCUAACAAAAAGCAAAGCUCAGGGGUAAUGUGUGGGGCAGAAAGCGGUCAGGGUCAAAGUCAAGCUGCACAAGAGCUGAAAGAAAGGAUUUCAGGAUUAUUUGAGGAAUAGUAGUCCUCUGAGGCCUUGGUUUGUUCAGGAAAGACACUAAACAAGUCUGGACCACAUGUCAGUGAAACUAAAGCUGCAAAUAAUUCACAGCAUUUGCUUCACAUGGAUUCUGGUCAAUUCAAGUAACUGCAAGUAGUUUAUCAGGCACCGAGAAGUAGAAUAAUCUGACAAUCAUAGACUUAACUGUAAUUAUACAAACUUUGUGGCUUGUCUGAUGCACAAAGUCAGCAAAGAGAAAACUUUAUCCAGAAGAGUAAGAGUGAAAAGUUAAAUCAACUCCAUCACUGCACAUCCUGUGUUUAUAAUCCUAAACUGGAAAACGUUACAACAUAGUGACUCUAUAUUUUGAUUGAAGAUACUUAAAAACUAUUAUAAUAUUAUCAAAUGCUGCAAUAUGUCAACAAUUAUUAUUUUUCUUAUUAAACCAUCACUGUGUCGCAGAUUGAGGGUCCACAAGUCACAUUUGUGUUUGACAGCCUUGUUGUUGAGUUUUUUUUCUUCUGUUGCUUAUGUGUGAAGAUGUGAGCUCUCGUGCCUGUAUUUACAGCACUGCACCACUAAUUCAGCAGAUAAAUAUGUUUCUUUGCAUGAUUAUUUUCAUAGCUUUAUAUUUCUCAGAAGACAGAUCAGUAAAACUAGCUGUGUAGUAAUGAUUAAAACUGAGUAUCCGUGGAAACUAGUGAGUCUGAGUGUUGGUUAUGAUGAGGAAAAAAACUUUUCAAUUCUUGCAUUUCUUUUCUAAGGAAAAGUAUUGUUCCUUCCACUUAACAAAAUAAGCCAAAUGUAUCAUCAAAUGAGAAAUGUUUAUUGAAUGCUUAACACUCACUACUAUUUGCCUCAAUGUAAUACUAAAUCUCUGAUUUAAACCAGGCAAUGUUUGGUCAAAACACUGAAACAAGACAAAAAAUCUGGCUAAGAAUUCAGGUCAAAUUUCUUUGGGUACUUUACAGUUUUCAACACUCUUGACGCCAGACACUCUUGAAAAUGUUUUACAUGUGUAAAUCCAUAUUAACACAAACUGACUGAUGUGCCACAGUUUAUAUUUGUGUCAUUCAAAUGUCACGUUACCUCUCAUUACUCAGCUGGUUUGUCUUUGCUUUGCAAAAUAUUGUUUCGUCACUUUAGCCGCUUUUUAAAAUAUAUUAUUGUUUGUAUUUGUAAAUUAGAGGAUGAGGAUCUCACACUUGUGUUGACACAAUGAGGAAUAACAGCGUGAGUGUGUGUAUAUUUGCCUGAAUAAACAUGAAUAUAAUUUGUUCUACUACAACUU